CUUUUACAUCUUAAACCUGGCAACAUUGAGUUUGUCAACAAAUAAAUACAAACAAAAUUCUAAACUGUUAAACAUUUAAUUAAAUGGCCUUUCUGGAUGUUACCCAGAAAGUGAAUCGCGACGUACAAAAGAAAUUGUUCAAGCUUAAGCCAAUCAAUUUUGAAGGUUUGCUAGUGAAUAUCCGACAAACCUGUCCCAAAAAAAACCUCAGAUUUACCCACAUAGAUUUCCAACCCAAUGGAAGUCUUUUAGCCCUAGUAAACAAUGACCACCAUAUAUACAUAAUUGAUUUUCCCAAUGAAAAACUUUGGAAACUCCAAACUGUGGGCUUCUGUACUUAUAUUAAAUUCUCAGAAUAUACCGAGACUCAACUUCUAGCUGGAAAAACCAAUGGGGUGAUCGAAAUUUUAAAUGUCGACACUGGGGAGGUUAUUGCUAAACUUUUGGGGCACCUGCAUCCCAUUGUAUCGGUGUCAUUUUGUAAGAGCAGUGUGUGUUUAUCGGCUUCUAGGUAUGAUGCAAUUAUCUGGGAUUUGGAGAGUUUUAAUAAGAUGCAGGUGUUGUCUUUGGAGAAGGAAUGUGCCUUAAAGUUUGUAGUUUUUAUACCGAUUUCCAAUAAUAUUUUAGUCUGUUAUAAUGAUGAUAUAAUCCAAAUAUGGCAGGCAGGCAGUUUUAAGCACUUAAAGCAAUUUCAUCCAUCUAAUUGGAAGAAUUAUUAUGUGAGAUCCAUAAGUUUUUCAAGUAAUGGAAAAAUAAUGGCCGUUAGUGGCUACCUGCCUGUCUUAGCAAUUUUCCAGCUAAACAUAUGGAAACUUUUAAAAAUAAUUAGCUUACCAGAAUAUAUAAACACGAUAAAGCAAAUGCAAUUCAUUCCUGAGAAUUUCGAUGGUGGAUGCAAUAAACUGUUGGCCAUACUGUCAGGCAAUGGCACCAUAUAUUUUUAUAACAUACAAGACAAUAUUUUAUUGUCAGAACUGAAGUCUAACUGUGAAAUAAGCAGUUUUACUUUGCCAUCCUAUAACGUACAGUAUAUUGCCUGUUUGCUUUGUAGUGGUGAAGUGGAGGUCUAUGAUAUUGCCUUUUUUACUUUAAGAAAUGAAAACACUAUUACUAUUAAAGCUCAAGAUGCCUCGGGGCAUAAAAACAAGUUGAAGAACUAUGCCAAGAAGAUUGAUUUGUGUACUAAAGUACAGUUAGAUAACGUUCUUGAAGUCGACAAACUGAAGUCAAUCAUUAAAGAGUACCAAGAGUUCCCUGAAGCAUUUCGUGCAACAAUCUGGGAGAAAAUCUUAAAAUUGCCCAACAAUGUGAGGCAAUAUAACAGCAUAGUUAAUCAUAUGGGUGUAGCGGCUUUUGAGGACUUACAAAAAACCUUUCCGCUUGAAGAUAAAGGCAGUAUAAGGUGCUUGAGGCAGAUUUUAAGUAAUCUGGCUGCGUGGUGUCCAUUCUUUGCUCAAGUGGAUUAUUUGCCGUGUUUUCUGUAUCCGUUUAUCAAGGUUUUUCAUAAAAAGCCUGUUGCAUGCUUUGAACUCUGUUGUACUAUUAUUGUAAAUUGGUGUCAACAUUGGUUUGAAUAUUACCCCCUGCCACCAGUAAACGUGCUGGCCAUAAUAGACAAUAUGCUCAUAGAACACGAUUCCAGCCUUCUACAGCAUUUCUCCCAUUACAACAUCAAACCAGUAAUUUACUCUUGGUCUUUAUUAGAAUCCGCAUUUUCAGAAGUGCUUACGACUAAAGAAUGGUUAAUGUUUUGGGACCAUGUGUUUAUAAACGAACCCGGUUUCCUCCUAUGCGCCGUAGUCGCCUUCCUUAUAGUCCAAAAGAAGUUCAUCGUAAUGCUAAACAAACUGGAAGACUUCCUUGACUUUUUCCAUUGCCAAAGACCCUUAGAAAUACGGAAGUUAAUAGCGAAAACGUACUGGAUCUUAAAACAUACCAGCGAUAUGAAUCAUCCUAGUCAAUAUUUAAAUGCUUUUACUUGCCUAAAGUGCGGAAUAUACCCUACUUUUCUGGAAUAUCCUAAAGAUAUUAUCAACUUUCAAGUUGAACACCUGAAGAUUUUAGAAGGACAAUUGAAGGAUAUUGAAUAUAUGAAAGAGAACAUGCUGAAAGAGCAAAAGAGGCAACAGAUCAUAAACGAAGAUGAGGUGAGGAACGAGGAAGAUAGACGGAGGCUCGAGGUGGAAAAGGCCUGUAUAGAAAAAAUUAAAUUAUAUCAGCAAAACUUGAAGGCUCAGCAGGAUGAGUUAAGGAAACUCAGGGAGGAUCUCUUGGACGAGGAAAGGGCCAUUUUAAUUUCUACACAACAUAAAUUAAGAAAUCAACAAGCUUCCGCGGAUUCUAAUAUAAUGAAGUUGCUUGGUGAAGGGCUUGAUAUGAGUGGGAAUUUUAACGAGAUAGAGUUGAAAAACAUGGAAGAGGCUUAUGAGUUAGAAAAAUUAGGAUUGGCCAGAAAAGGGCGAUUUCUAAAUAGUAUGAGCAGAAAAGCUGGUCCAAGCUCAGCAUUAACUAGUCAGCUCGCCUCAGCUCAUCGACAUACUGUCAAUUUAAAGCGAGAACUAAAAAAGGCCAGGAUGGAACUGGAGUCGCCGAAAAAAGCCGAUAUUGCUCUAACUCUGUCUGCCAUGGACAGUUUAAUUCGAAAGAUUAAAGAAGAGUUGAACCAGGAUGACCUCAGUCUUAUGACUAAGAGUGAUUUUGUCAAAGAAAAUUUAAAAAUUUAUGGCUUGGAAAAGGAAGUGAAGCACUUACAGAAAGAAACUUCCAAACUACUGGGCACUUUAAAUGAAAAUAACGGCAAUUCCUCCUCGUGUUCUAUUGGUUCCUGCAGGAAUCCUCAACAGAGCUGCUCUAAUAAGACUGUUAGAUUUAGUACCAGUGACUAUUAACUCUUUUUUUAGAUUGUUUUUUGUUUCUUUUUUAAUUUAUUUUUACAAAUUUAUUAUUUUUAUUAAAUAUUUAUAAAAAAAAA